UUGUCAACAACCAUGUGAAACAAAAGCUCGCGACUGACCUCGAAAACGAGUUUGGUACACCCUUCUCUCAAUCCUAACUCAGAUUUCGAUACUCAGCCCAUACUGUCACAAUGUUCGCUCCUCGCGCCAUCGCAUCACCACUCACGCGGGCCGCCUUCAGGCCACACUCAAUCCGUAGCGCUGCCAGACCAGCCUACUUUCGCAUCCAGAUAGCGCUCAAUUCGACCAUUUCAGAAGCCAUCACCAAAGACCACCGCGAGCUAGAAACAUACUACAAAGAAAUCAUCAACAACCCGGACAACAUCGACCAUGCAACCCGCUACGGCAACCAAUUUACAUGGGAGUUAGCCCGCCACUCUGUCGCUGAAGAACUCCUCGUCUACCCAGCCAUGGAAAAGUACAUGGGAGAAAAGGGAAAGCAGCAUGCAGAGUCAGACCGACAACAGCAUCACGAGGUGAAAAAGCUCCUCAAAGAGUUCCAGAACAUGGAUCCAGCAUCCUCAUCCUACAUCCCCAAGCUCAAAGAGAUCUGGUCCCUCCUCGAGCGCCACAUCGCCGAAGAAGAACGCGACGACCUGCCUGCCCUCGAAGCCGCCCUGUCCUCUGCGGAAAACCGCGGAAACUCAGAGUCGUUGGCCAAGAACUUUGGUCGCACAAAGGCGUUUGUGCCAUCUAGGAGCCAUCCUAGUGCGGGCGAGAACCCGUAUUUCGAGGGCCCGAUGGGCAUGUUGGCGGCGCCGAUUGAUCAUAUUGCGGAUAUCUUUCGCAAGUUUCCAGAGGGGACGGUUAGUCCGAAUCCGAGUAAGAAGUGAGCAUGUGAGCGUGUGAGAGGUAGUUGAAUGUAAAACUGUAUUCUAUGUUAUGCAUCUGUAGAUAUUGAGAACAUAUGGUGUUUGCCUCGAUCACGUGUGGCUCUCCGAGCAGUGAAGAAGCAUGACCACCUCGAAGCUACGGUGACUUAAUGGCUUCGAAGAA